AUGCGAGAUAUUGCCGGACAAACGGUGGAGGUUCCCCAGAAGAGAAAGUCAGACUUCGUGAGAGACAAGAAGAUCAAAAAGGAGAAAAAAGCCAACCCUAAUCAAUGCGAAUAUUACUUGGUCCAAAAAAGAAGACGUUGUGCAAUGCAACGGAAAAAGGAUAGGCGCUACUGCUCGGAACAUAUAGCACUUGACGAUACGGAAGCAGCCACCGAAGUCAAGGAGGAGAGGGUACCAUGCCCAUUAGAUCCCAAACAUAGCGUUUGGGCAAAGGAUUUGAAAUUUCAUUUGACUAAGUGCCCUGCCAAACCUGUGGAGAGCACAGAUCCAUGGUUUGAACGAAACAGAAACAGUCAAUUGAGGAACAACAGUGAAGAUAAAGAUAUCUUGGAUAAUGUAAUAGAUGGAGGAGUCGAGGUGGAGAUACAAGAAAAAAAGGAGAGAGAGGAAGAGGAAGUGGAUAUCAACCAGUCCCAAAUGGCAAAAUAUAUCGAUAUCCUCCGAAAGUUCAACGAUAAAAUGUCUCCCAUGGACGUCUAUGUCAAACACCACCCAGGACUAGACCAUUGGCACGAAGAGAAGGCCAACAGAAAACAUAUCGACCAACAGUCUUCAUUGGUGGGACAGCUCAAAGAGGUUAACUUGCUCUCUCCACAAUUGUUCUACGUGGAAUUUGGAUGUGGAAAAGGCGAAUUGUCUAGAACAGUGAACAAAUGCAUUCUUCACGACUACAAGAUCUCUCACCAAGAGGACGAAGAAACGCUGACAGUCUACGGAUACGGACUCAUCGAUCGAGGAGUCAACAGAAUGAAGAUGGACAACAAAAUUCUUAAAGAUUGCAAGGAGGCUCCCCAUCCAUUGGAUCCUGUCAUCAAAAGAUCGAGAAUAGACAUUGAGCAUCUUGAUCUCGAUAAAUUCCUCGAAUCUGCGGCUCCAAAGGGUGUGGUUGGUAUUUCAAAGCAUCUUUGUGGAGUAGCUACCGACUUGACGUUGAAACUGAUUUUCAAUUCGUCGAUUCUCGAGUCCAAGUUCCAAGGUCUUGUAGUAGCCAUGUGCUGCCGGCACGCAUGUAACUACAAACAGCUUUUACCCGAGUCCAAGGCAUUCCUUGCACUCAAUGGAAUUGCCAACGCGCAAGAUUUUAAAUUCAUCAAAAUGAUAGUGACUUGGGCCGUAUGUGGGCCUGGAAAUGAUAGUAAUCACGAAAACCAGAACCACGUCUCUGGACUUACCUACGCAGAAAGAGAGCAAGUUGGCCACAUGGCACGAAGACUUAUUGACGAGAGCAGGGUUUACGCCGUUAACAAGAUGAUAGGGGAAAACUUCCAUGCACAGAUGUAUAAGUAUGCCGAAAGUUUCACCACUCUAGAGAACAGUUGCUUGAGGAUAUACCGAAAAUAG